UCAGGUUUCUCUAUGCUGUCAUUUGCUGUUGUUAAGGAUAGGUUCCUGUCACAAAACUGAAGAUCACACACGUCAUCACUUCUAGUAGCUGACAUGUCUCCCACCUCCCGCACCGAGACGUCUCCCCCACCUCUUCCUUCUUCGUCACGCUCUCCUCCCCCUCUACUUUCAAUUCCCCAUCUUCUUCCCCACACUGCCAGGCCAAGCAUGCUCCUCAUUCCUCUUUCCUCUGCUCCAGGCAUUUUGAGUACUUGUCUUGCCCUUUGGACCUCAGGGACACUCUGUUCUUCCCAUGGCAUACACAGUCUGCAGUAAUCUUGCACCACAUCACCUUCUCUGUAAACCAGAGAUCUGCCAUGGCAUGCUAGUUGUGGUUGCUAAAGGCUGGGAAACACAUGGAAGCUGUUGCCCCAGUCUAUGGAAAAAGUGUCAUGGAGGUCUGCAUAUUCUUCCUUUGUGCUAUGAUCUUUCUCCCAGGUAUUGCUGCCAGUAUUCAUCCGGUGAAGGCAUUUCUCCAUCACACUGUACACCUAUCCUGCCAUUUUCCAAACUCUCAGAAAAUUGACGUAAACAAUUUAAUAAUUUUUUGGCAAAAAGACACUAUUAAAGUGGUGCAUGAAGUAUAUUAUGGCCAAGAAAAACAUGAGAACCUUAGUCCUGAAUAUAUAAAUCGCACCAAAGUGGACAUGGGCAAAUGGACCCUGCAGUUGUUAAAUGCAGGAAUUGAGGAUGAGGGACGCUAUCAGUGUAUUAUUAUGCAAAAAAUAACGGAACGAUCAAGAGAGGUCAUACACCAAUCUGAGUGCUCACUGCACAUCAUUGCCAACUAUAGUCAACCUGAGAUAGCAGAACUGCACUCUGGGGAACUAAAGCCCAACGGAUACUUGAAUCUUUCCUGUUCUUCCAGUGGAGGUUAUCCAGAGCCCAAGGAGAUGACUUGGCUGAUUUCAUAUGAGAACAUAACACACAGCAGUACGGCUCACAUGGAUGUCUCGCAGGAUGCUGUGACAAAGCUGUACAACGUUACCAGCAAGCUGAAUAUCCCAGUUCCUACAAAAAGCCACACUAAUAUCAGCUGUUUGCUUCACCUUAGGGAGCAGCUGGGAAGCCUUGUCUCAGUCCCACUGGGCAUAGAGAUAAAAGAGAAUGAAAUGAAGCAAGCAGAGAUAAAUUUCUUUGGCCCACUUAUAGCUGUGGUUGUAGUGAUCACUUCUGCACUUCUUCUGGGUUUUGUGAUAUUAAAGAAGAACAGAAAUAUCUUGUCUACCAACCAGAGCGUCAGUCUAGCAGUCUAGAAGCUAUCCAGCUUGAAACUGUGGCCAUCAGCCAGACUGCUGACUGGGAACCACCUCUGCACACAGCAAAGCAUGAGCUCCCGUGUUUUUAGAGGUUCUGCCAGGACAAGAAUCCUCCCCAGAAGCCCUACAGAACAACAUACAACACUUCUGUGUGAUGGCUGAAACCGACUUCCUGGUGUUCUGUGCUUUUAUUUUUGCUCCAGAAUAGUAGUAAAUAUGAUGCUCUGCCUGUCUGCAUGACGACCUUUUUGUUGUAUAUUUUAUUAUGCACUGUAACCAUGUAAAAUCCUGAGAGUCAAUGGAGAAAGCAGAGCUGCAUGGGUCACAGAAUGUCUCAGAAAUAGAAAGAAUUAAGGUGCAAUCUGUGAAUCAUAACCAUCACUGCAAAUACGAUCAGAGGUAGGCUAUUACCCAUAGACUCAUAGAACCAUGGA